AUGCUGGACCCUAUCCCUCCACCGCCGGAAUGGCUGCAGAAGCUCGUCCAGCCGUUCGCCGAAUAUGUCUCUCUCCCGUCUCUGCAGUACCAUAUUCAUGAAGUCCUCGGUGCCUUUGUCCUCUACCAGUUCGUGCAGUCCGUCGUCUCGCCGGCGCUCUCCACUUGGCUAUUUCCAAAGAUCUACCCGAACUUCCCUAGACGAACAAGGCUGAACUGGGAUGUCCAUGUUGUCUCGCUAGUUCAGAGUACGCUGAUCAAUACUCUUGCUAUUUGGGUGAUGUUUGCGGAUAAGGAACGGAGCACGAUGAAUGCCGGCGAGAGGGUGUACGGGUAUUCUGGCGCUUGUGCAUUGAUCCAAGCUCUAGCUACAGGUUAUUUCCUGUGGGAUCUGAUUGUUAGCACGGUGCAUGUGAACGUCUUUGGUAUUGGUAUGCUGUUUCAUGCUGUCAGUGCAUUGUGGGUGUUUAGCUUGGGUUUCAGGCCCUUUGUAAAUUUUUACAGUCCGGUGUUUAUCCUUUACGAACUUUCUAGCCCAUUUUUGAAUUUCCACUGGUUUUUCGACAAAGUCAACAUGACUGGCAGUCGAGCCCAAUGGUAUAAUGGGAUGCUUCUUCUUGCGGUAUUCUUCUCGUGCCGCCUCGUGUGGGGAACCUAUCAGUCCGUCAAAGUGUUUCUGGAUAUUUUCAACGCGCUUGGCCAGACCCGCGCCUCGUCGGCUCUUCGUGCGCCGUUCGACGUGCACACGAUGAUUUUCCAGGCUCGAAACAGAACCCUCUGCAUUGAGGAGUCGUGCAUCAAAGCCAACGAUGAAAUAUCCAAGUUUGCCAAACACCAGGAAAACGGCAUACCCCUCUGGUUGGUGCUGACAUACCUCGGCAGUAACCUGGUCCUAAACUCGUUGAAUUUCUAUUGGUUCUCGAAGAUGAUCAACGCGGUGAUGAAGAGAUUCAAAGCCACCGCUGAUGAUAAGGCAAAGGAAAACUUGGCUCCGCAAAUUGUGGAGAAAGAAGCGCAAGCAAUGGUUCUUGAAGCCGCUGCUGUGCUUGAAGAAGAAGAAAGCCUUUUCAUCACUGGCGGCAUGAAGGAAAAUGAGUUUGAGAACAAGAAGCAGGAUGUUUCCGCGUCCUCCGGGGCUCAGAUUAAGUCCCCUGGUACUCGGAGAAGGAAGGCGUAA